AAGAGGAGGAAGAGGAGGGUGGUUGGGGGAAAUGAAGAGGAUGUAGGACUGGCGGCGGGAUGAUGAGUACUAAACAGGUGACAUGCAGAUAUUUUAUGCAUGGGAUCUGCCGUGAAGGGAGCCGGUGUAUGUUUUCCCAUGAUUUGUCGACAAGCAAGCCAUCUACAAUCUGCAAGUUCUACCAGAAAGGACAGUGUGCCUACGGAGACCACUGUAGAUAUGACCAUGUGAAACUUCCUGGAUCUAGAGCAGUGGGACCAGUAAUCUCUAGGGUCACCUGCACACCUGUUGUUCACGAUGCAAUUGCAGAACCUGCAUCUGCAGAACAGACUGUCCCAGUCAAAGUUACUGAAUCGGGAAGAUGUAAGAAGAAAGCGCUUGAACUAAAAGAUCGAGACCUUUGCAACCGAGCAGCAGAAAAAUCUAAAUUGUUUCCUUUCCCACCAUCUUACUGCAACGCUACAAAGACUGCAUCUCCUUUCUCUGACUCAGCAAAGUUUGUUUACGAAGAUGUCCCAGUGAAGCCGCCGUCAUAUUUGGACGCAGUUCGCAGUGGACUGGAUGUUUCAGCAUCAGUAUGCAGCAAUAAUUCUGCACAGCAGCUGUGCCCUUUUGCAGCAGUUGGUGAAUGUCAUUAUGGUGACAGCUGUUUAUACCUUCAUGGGGAUGUGUGUGAAGUGUGUGAACUGCAAGUACUGCAUCCAACUGACCUUGAGCAACGUAGAGCACAUGAACAGAUGUGUCUCAUUGCAUUUGAGCAAGAUAUGGAGAAAGCCUUUGCUGUGCAAAAGAGUCAAGAUAAAGUCUGUAACAUUUGUAUGGAGAUAGUCUAUGAUAAAAUGAUACCAUCCGAGAGAAGAUUUGGAAUUCUUUCUGACUGCAUUCACCCAUAUUGUCUAUCUUGUAUUAGACAGUGGAGAUGUGCAAAACAGUUCGAGAAUAAAGUAAUCAAGUCCUGUCCUGAGUGUCGAGUAGUGUCUGAAUUUGUGAUCCCUAGUGCUUAUUGGGUGGAGGAUAAAGAGGAAAAGGACCAGCUUAUUGAAGCAUUCAAGCAGGGAAUGAGUAAGAAGGCUUGUAAAUACUUUGACAAGGGGAAAGGUUCCUGUCCAUUUGGUGGAAAGUGCCUUUACCUUCACGCUUAUCCUGAUGGAACAAUGGCAGAGCCUGAGCAGCCAAGAAAACAGCUCAGUUCGGAAGGCAAUGUGAGGUUCCUUCACUCGGUGCGAUUGUGGGACUUUAUUGAAGAGCGGGAGCACAGGGAUGUUCCCCAGCAUACAAACGAAGAUGAAGUGGCAGAGCUUGGAGAUCUGUUCAUGCAUCUUUCAGGAGCAGAUGAGCACAAUGCACCUAGUGAGAGUCAAGCUGACCAGCCUGUUUCUGUAGUGUUAUAAGAUGCUAUAAAUUAAAUCACAGCUUACUUCUGUUGAAACACAACUGAUUCACCUAGAUGUGGAAGCUUGGUUCAAAAUUAUGUUUGAACUAGAACUGCUACAUAAUGGGAACAAAUGGUACAAUGAAACUGUGGUUGAAUCAGGACCGUAUUUUGCAGAGUUCACUAUAUUUAACUAUUUGAUUUAUUUAAGAAUUCCAAAGUUUUUUUUUAAAUCACUACAGAGCGCACUACUCAGUAUACAGUUCACAGCCCCUUUUCUGGUGUUAGAGAUUUUCUUCUAGCUGUAAUUUUAAAAGGAAAGGCUGCAGUUAAUUGCCCGGCUGGAGUAUACAUUAGUAGCAAAGCAUUUGUAGCUUGAAUCCACAAUUGAAGUUGCAGAAUAUAUUCAUUUCAGAAUAAGACCCCUCUAUUUUCACUCAUUUCCUAGGUUGGUGGGCUGUGUGUUAGUGCUUUGCUGAACUGGCCCCAGGAGACACUAGCGUAGUCUGUGUUUGAUUCAUUUUGUUGUUUUUCUCCCCUCCGAUGAAGUACCUGACUUCUGCAUCCCAGAUGGUGCCUGGUAACAGUGCAGGAGUUAACCAAUUUCUCAAAGUUUUGAUUUUCCUCUCGUCAACAGAGCAUAUGGGUAAACUGCUGUCAGCCCACAGUAUUUUGCCAUUCUUCAACCAGCAAUUGCUCGUGGGCAACUGUAAGUGACUUAAUCACAUGUUGCCCCUCUCUCUGGCUCUGACUGAAAUGAUCUGAUCAAGGUUGAUCUGUUUUAUUUUAAACCAAACAAACACGUGAAAAAUGUAUUUCCUUUUAUUUUAAAAAUUACAAUGAGAGCCAGAAGAAAAUUAAAAUAUUGUACCACAGAUCAUACCAUGAUCCUAAAAUUGGAAGCAAUUUAGAUAAAAUAGCUUAAAUCUCUUAUUGCUAUUUUGCUAAGUGUUCUCAUGCUUGGGUGAAACUAAAAUCAUAGCAACACAACAGUCUGACUCCCUGAAAGAAAGUAGAUGAAAGGUCAGUGCUCGUCAGUAAGGCUGAUUCAUUUGUUAGUUAAUAAAUGUGGGAAACGAUGGGUUAAAUUUUGUAAUCUUUCCCUGAAGAUACUGAAACGAUUGCAGCACAUAUGUUGUCAAACGGCUAGAAAAUUGUAUUAAUCAUGUCGAGCCUGUAAUGCUGUGGUUUGGUGCAGUAUUAUGAUAAAAAUCAGUAAAAGGAUUGUAAAUAGAAUUGCUUUCACACUUAAUUAGUUCCAUUAAGUCAAUGGUUUCAGUUGCUAAGAAGGUGGUUUCCAUCUCCAAGAGAGGACAAAUCUCUAAUCUUGCUUUUCCCAUACUACCUAACAAUUUAGGACAGGAUAGCUAUUCUAGACACAUUCAUAAUCCUUCCAAAGUGUGAUGGGAGGAGGGAGGACAAAAAUAAUUGUUCUACAAAGCAAGCCUACUUUAUUUGAUAGUAGUGUUUGUAUUUUGUUAUGUGAAAGUAUUAAAGCUUGAUUGUAACAUAUGAGAACUGUAACUGAAUCAAAUCAAAAAAUAGGGACUUGCCACACAAUUGAGAAUGUCAGGGCUAGUCAUUAACUACUCAGCUUGUAUGUUAUAACACAAGUCCUUUUAAAUCUUCAAUGUUUUGUGAAUGGUUUUAAGUGAAAUGGAGAAAAUGAGAUUAUAACACUACCAUCUCUUACUGGUGCUAAUACUUUCCAUCACCACCCACAAAGUAUUUGUGCCUACCAUAGCAAAUUCAAAAUGGUAACGAAAGUUUCCUCCCCAAAGAUGGAUUCUGAGUUCUAUUGUACAUGCCAGAUAUUGGGUAAAGUUCUGUAUUUACAACUGCUUGUCCUUCUCCAUUGUGUAGUAGUGCGCUGCUUUGAAUAAAGUUUUCCUACGGUAGAAAA